GGCUGUUUUCAGAUUCACUUUUUCAUAUUGCCCAAAAACUGAACAUGGGCCAGAAUCAAAGCGAUGAAGAAGAGGAAGAAGUGGAGCUAACAGAAAUCCAGCCUCUUUACACCAGAUUCAUGAAAGUGUGUCCCAGCGGAGCUCUGCAUCUGCAUGAAUUUCGCAGGAUCUUCGGCGUUCAGAGCUCAUCAGAAGAGGAGGCUUUGUACAUGGAGACCAUUUUCAAGUCCUUUGAUACAAACAGGGAUAACGUCAUAGACUUUAUGGAGUUUGUUGCCGCCGUCCAUCUAGUCUUGAGAGGAAAUCUGGAGGACAGGUUGAAAGGUUUUUUUAAAGUCUAUGAUAGAGAUGAGAAUGGAAUGGACAGACAAGAGGUUAUACAUGUCAUAAGGAUUCUUUGCAAGCUCAAGAAAAACAGAAUCAACAUGACUCCAGGUGAAAUCUGUGAUAGGAUAUUCGAACUUUUAGAUGAAAACAAUGAUGGUCAGAUCUCAUUGUCUGAGUUCCUGGAAGGGGCAGAAAGGGAUGCCUGGAUUAUGGACCUCCUAAAACUGGACACUAAUGCACGGGUCUGGUUCAGGGACAACUUGGGGAAGAAAACAUGAAUUCUCAGGCUAAGGUCAAGACUCAGGGGGGCCCAAACCUGCCUGGCCUUUCACAAUCUUUCAGACGCCGGGCUCUGCAAACACUACAGACCUGCACUGGAGGUCAGAUAAUAUUUGCCUUCUGUCAUGAGCGAAAACGUGCCUCAUCAGACAUUGAUCGCGUUAAUCGUCAUCCGCAUGUGUAAAAGAAGCUUCCGUUUCUUCAUAAUGUAAAGCUGAUGAAUGGAAUGACACUAAAUAUGGAUUAUGGAGUAUGAAUGAUACGUCCAUAGCAGAAACUGUAGCUUUGUUCCAUAAUUUUGCAUUUAUACAGUAUGUUUGUUUGUUUAUGUAUUCCUUCACAUUAUAGUUUAGUUGAAUUGUUUGUCAUAUGCACAGAUACA